CAGCCGUUCUCACCACCGCCUUUCGGAGUGGGAUCUGUCACCUGACUCGGCUCAAACAUGGCUGCCCUGAGAGCUCUAUGGCUUUGGGCGCCGGGAGCAGGAGGUAUUCUGCGAAUGAGAACAUUGAGAAUGUGUUCGGCGUAACUCAUCUCCUUGUAUCUCCCUGCACUCUGUGCUGGGAAAAUGAAUCAUCCAUUUGGAAAAGAGGAAGCUGCUUCCCAGAAGCAGCUUUUUGGAUUUUUCUGUGAAUGCCUACGGAGGGGAGAAUGGGAGCUGGCACAGGCAUGUGUACCUCAGCUACACGAUGGACAAGGGGACAUCCCAAAGAGGGUGGAAGACAUACUUCAGGCAUUGGUGGUGUGUCCAAAUUUGCUGAGAUGUGGGCGGGACAUCAACCCUCAAAGAUUAGCCUGGGUCUGGCUUCUUGUACUGGAGAAAUGGUUGGCCCAGGAAAAGAAGUUACUCCCAGCUGUUUUCCGGAGAAAGCUUGAGUUUCUAUUAUUGUCAGAAGACCUCCAAGGUGACAUUCCAGAGACUAUCCUCCAGGAGCUGUGUGAGACCUUAUCACAAGGUUCAAUAGGCCCCGGGCCUGACGGAAAUCCGAGGAGGGAGAGCUGGACUCCUCGUCUCAGCUCCGAAGCUGUCUCUGUGCUCUGGGAUCUUCUGAGGCAGUCCCCCCAGCCAGCACAGGCCCUGCUGGAGCUCCUGCUUGGGGAGAAUGAUGGCACUAGCCUCUGUCAUUGGCCUCUGCAGAAUGCACUGGUGGACCUCAUUCGAAAGGCAUUGCGGGCUUUGCAGGGCCCUGAUUCAGCAGCACCCCCUGGGGUAGUUGAUGCCAUCUAUGCAGCCCUGCAGACUCUGCGUUGCCCUGCAGAACCAUUUGGGGCUGAGUUGCGUCUUCUGUGUGAGGAACUACUAGAGGCCUGCAGGACUGAGGGGAGUCCCCUGCGGGAGGAGCGGGUGCUCAGCUGCCUGCUGCACAAGGCCAGCCGGGGCCUGGUGUCCCUUUACGGCCAUACCUAUGCAGAGAAGGUCACAGAAAAGCCAUCGAGGGCUACAGCCUCUGGAAAAGUCUCACCAGAUCAUCUAGACCCUGAGCGGGCAAUGCUAGCCCUGUUCUCCAAUCCCGACCCAGCCCAGGCUUGGAAAGUGGCCUAUUUCUACUGCCUGAACAACAACAAACACUUCCUCGAGCAGAUCCUGGUAACAGCACUAACAUUGUUGAAAGAAGAAGACUUCCCAAAUCUUGGCUGCCUACUUGAUAGAGAAUUCAGGCCCCUUAGUUGCCUGCUUGUGCUCCUGGGCUGGACACACUGCCAGAGCCUAGAGUCAGCCAAGAGGCUGCUCCAGACCCUGCACAGGACCCAGGACCCAGGCUGUGAUGAGCUCCUCAGGGAUGCCUGUGAUGGGUUGUGGGCUCACCUCGAGGUCCUGGAGUGGUGCAUACAGCAGAGCAGCAACCCCAUACCAAAGAGAGAUCUGUUGUGUCAUUUACAUGGUGGAGACAGCCACUCAGUGCUCUACACUCUCCAUCACCUUACAAACCUUCCAGCCCUCAGGGAGGAAGAUGUUCUCAAGCUCUUACAGAAGGUGCCAGCCAAGGACCCCCAGCAAGAACCUGAUGCAGUUGAUGCUGCAGUCCCUGAGCACCUGAGCCAGUCUCAGAACCUGACACUCUACCAGGGCUUCUGUGCCAUGAAGUAUGCCAUCUAUGCCCUCUGUGUGAACUCACAUCAGCACUCUCAGUGCCAGGACUGCAAAGACAGCAUCUGUGAGGACCUGGCUUCAGCUGCAGAGCAAGUGAAUGACUCUCUUUCCUCCCCAGGUGCUGUAAAUCUCUUCUCAACUUACCUGGCCAAGUGUCAACAGUAUCUGUGCAGUAUUCCUGACUCUUUGUGCCUGGAGCUUCUAGAAAACAUCUUCUCAUUGCUUCUCAUCACCUCUGCUGAUCUUCACCCAGAACCUCACUUGCCUGAGGACUAUGCUGAGGACGAUGACAUUGAGGGGAAAAGCCCCGCAGGUUUGAGGUCCCCAUCAGAGAGCCCUCAGCACAUAGCACAUCCUGAAAGGAAGUCAGAAUGGGGUUCCCUGGGAAUCCCAAAGAGCAUUGCUUAUACAGUGCCAAGCCGUUUGAAGGCAGAGCCAAAAGGCAGUUACCCAGGGCCUCAUAGGCACAGCUUUUUGGACUUAAAGCACUUUACUAGUGGUAUCAGUGGAUUUCUGGCUGAUGAAUUUGCAAUAGGGGCCUUCCUCAGGCUUCUCCAAGAAAAACUGGAUGAGAUCAGCAGCCGCAACCUCCCUGAGAAGCCAAAGCAAGAAGGUCAGAGCUGUUCAGGAAGCAGAGAUGGACUGCAGAGCCGCCUGCAUCGACUUUCCAAGGUUCUCUCUGAGGCCCAGUGGAGAUACAAGGUGGUGACAAGCAACCGUCGUUCAGAGGAGCAACCUUCCCGAAGAUACCGGCCUGCCCUACGGCACCCCAGUCUCCGCCGGGGUCGUCGGACAAGAAGGAGCCAGGCAGAUGGCCAAGACAAAGGUUCCAGCCCAUCUCUGGAAAGUACAAGUAGUGAGCUGAGCACAAGUACAUCAGAGGGAAGUCUGAGCACCGUGUCUGGGCAGAAUGAGCUGGACAGCAGAUUGUACCCCCAUCCUCAAAGUUCACUCAUCCCCAUGAUGUUCUCCCCACCUGAGUCACUGCUGGCAUCCUGCAUCCUUCGAGGGAACUUCACAGAAGCCCGUCAGGUGAGGGGAUGUAUUCAGGCCUCAUAUGCCUUCUGCUUCUCCCCUUCCAGACUGGCAGCCCUUCUGGCCCAAGAGAAUCUCAGCCUAAGCGUGCCGCAGGUCAUCGUUGGCUGCUGCUGUGAGCCCCUUGCUCUUUGCUCAUCCCGGCAAAGCCAGCAGACCUCCUCCCUCCUGACUCGCCUGGGUACUCUGGCCCAGCUGCACGCCUCCCACUGCCUGGAUGACCUCCCACUUUCUACGCAGAGCUCCCUGAGGCCAACCGAGAACCCCACAUUGGAAAGAAAGCCCUACUCUUCCCCAAGGGACUCAUCACUCCCAGCUCUCACCUCCUCCACCUUGGCCUUUCUUAAGUCUCGCUCAAAGCUCCUGGCAUUGGUGGCUUGUCUGGGGGCUUCCCCGAGGUUAAAGGUCAGCAAACCCAGCUUAUGGAAGGAACUUCGUGGCCGCAGGGAGGUGCCUCUAGCUGCAGAGCAGGUAGCACGAGAGUGUGAGCGCCUUCUGGAACAAUUCCCUCUGCUUGAGGCCUUCCUCCUGGCCACCUGGGGGCCCCUGCAAGCGUCCUCGCAGCAGGAUCAGAGUCUGGCUCUGAAUCUCUGUGGUUGGGCUGGUCUUUCUACCGUUCUCCUGGGCCUACAUUCUCCCAUUGCCCUAGAUGUACUGACUGAGGCUUUCGAGGAAUCCUUGGUGGUCAGAGAUUGGUCCCGGGCCCUUCAGCUCACUGAAGUGUACGGGCGAGAUGUGGACAAUUUGAGCAGCAUAAAGGAUGCAAUCCUGAGCUGUGCUGCGGCAUGUGACAAAGAAGGUUGGCAAUACCUGUUUCCUGUGAAGGAUGCAUCUCUGAGAAGUCGGCUGGCGCUACAGUUUGUGGACAGGUGGCCUCUGGAGUCAUGCCUGGAGAUUCUGGCCUAUUGCAUAUCAGACACAGCUGUCCAAGAAGGACUAAAGUGUGAGCUGCAGAGGAAGCUGGCGGAGCUGCGGGUGUAUCAGAAGAUUCUGGGUUUGCAGUCUCCCCCAGCAUGGUGUGACUGGCAGACCUUGAGGAGCUGUUGUGUUGAGGACCCAUCAACUGUCAUGAACAUGAUUCUAGAAGCACAGGAGUAUGAGCUGUGUGAGGAGUGGGGCUGCCUGUACCCUAUUCCAAGAGAACAUUUAAUCAGCCUACAUCAAAAACAUCUUCUCCACCUUCUAGAAAGAAGAGAUCAUGAAAAGGCUCUGCAACUCCUGCAAAGAAUCCCUGACCCCACCAUGUGCCUUGAAGUCACAGAGCAAUCCCUCGACCAGCACACUAGCUUGGCUACUUCUCACUUCUUGGCCAACUACCUCACCACCCACUUCUAUGGACAAUUGACUAUUGUCCGACACCGUGAAAUCCAGGCGCUAUAUGUGGGAUCCAAGAUUCUGCUGACCCUGCCUGAGCAGCACCGGGCUAGCUACUCCCACUUGUCCUCUAACCCCCUGCUCAUGCUGGAGCAGCUGCUUAUGAACAUGAAGGUGGAUUGGGCCACUGUGGCUGUGCGGACUCUGCAGCAGCUGCUGGUUGGGCAGGAGAUUGGCUUCACAAUGGAAGAGGUUGACUCGCUGCUUUCCAGAUAUGCAGAGAAAGCUCUGGACUUCCCAUACUCUCAGAGGGAGAAACGAUCAGAUUCUGUGAUUCAUCUCCAGGAAAUUGUCCACCAGGCUUCAGAUCCCGAGACCCUCCCUAGAUCACCAUCAGCAGAGUUCCCUCCUGCUUCUCCUGGUAUCUCCACUGUACAUUCUCCCAGUCUAAAGGAAAGGAGUUUCCCACCAACCCCGACCCCACUGGAAUUUGUGCCCCCAGCAACACCCCCUGCCAGGCAUCAGUGGGUACCAGAUGAGACUGAGAGUAUCUGCAUGGUCUGCUGCAGGGAGCACUUCACCAUGUUUAACAGGCGUCAUCAUUGUCGCCGCUGUGGUCGGCUAGUAUGCAGUUCCUGCUCCACUAAGAAAAUGGCUGUGGAAGGCUGCAGAGAGAACCCUGCUCGUGUGUGUGAUCAGUGCUAUAGCUACUGCAACAAAGAUGUACCAGAGGAAGCUUCAGGAAAACCAGAAGCGCUAGACAGCUCCAAGAGUGAAAACCCUCCAUACUCGUUUGUGGUGAGAAUUCCCAAAGCAGAUGAGGUGGAAUGGAUUUUGGAUCUCAAAGAGGAGGAAAAUGAGCUGGUGCGGAGUGAAUUUUACUAUGAGCAGGCCCCCAGCGCCUCCUUGUGCAUUGCCAUCCUGAAUCUGCACCGGGACAGCGUUGCCUGUGGUCACCAGCUGAUUGAGCACUGCUGCCGGCUCUCCAAGGGCCUCACCAACCCGGAGGUGGAUGCCGGGCUGCUCACAGACAUCAUGAAGCAGCUGCUCUUCAGCGCCAAGAUGAUGUUCGUCAAAGCCGGCCAGAGCCAAGACUUGGCUCUUUGUGACAGCUACAUCAGCAAGGUAGACGUGCUGAAUAUUUUAGUUGCUGCUGCCUAUCGCCACGUGCCAUCUUUGGAUCAGAUCUUGCAGCCAGCUGCGGUAACUAGGCUAAGGAACCAGCUUUUGGAAGCCGAGUACUACCAACUGGGUGUUGAGGUGUCCACAAAGACUGGACUUGAUACCACUGGGGCAUGGCAUGCUUGGGGCAUGGCCUGCCUCAAAGCUGGGAACCUCACUGCUGCGCGGGAAAAGUUCAGUCGCUGUCUGAAGCCCCCGUUUGACCUCAAUCAGCUGAGUCAUGGCUCAAGGCUGGUGCAGGAUGUGGUUGAGUACCUGGAGUCCACAGUGAGGCCCCUCGUAUCCUUGCAAGAUGACGAUUACUUUGCCACCCUGAGGGAACUGGAAGCUACCCUUCGGACGCAGAGCCUUUCUCUGGCAGUGAUUCCUGAAGGGAAGAUCAUGAACAACACCUACUACCAAGAAUGCCUCUUCUACCUGCACAACUAUAGCACCAACCUGGCCAUCAUCAGCUUCUACGUGAGGCACAGCUGCCUGCGGGAAGCCCUUCUGCACCUCCUCAACAAGGAGAGUCCUCCGGAAGUUUUUAUAGAAGGCAUUUUCCAGCCAAGCUAUAAAAGUGGGAAGCUACACACUUUGGAAAACUUGCUAGAAUCCAUUGAUCCAACCUUGGAGAGCUGGGGAAAGUACCUGAUUGCUGCCUGCCAACAUUUACAGAAGAAGAACUACUACCACAUUCUGUAUGAGCUGCAGCAGUUUAUGAAGGAUCAAGUUCGGGCUGCCAUGACCUGUAUUUGGUUCUUCAGUCACAAAGCAAAGUCAUAUACAGAACUGGGAGAGAAGCUCUCAUGGCUACUUAAGGCCAAGGACCACCUGAAGAUCUACCUCCAAGAAACAUCCCGCAGCUCUGGAAGGAAGAAAACUGCCUUCUUCAGAAAGAAGAUGACUGCAGCUGAUGUGUCAAGGCACAUGAACACACUUCAGCUGCAGACGGAAGUGACCAGGUUCUUGCAUCGGUGCGAAAGUGCUGGGACCUCUCAGAUCACCACUUUGCCUCUGCCAACCCUGUUUGGAAAUAACCACAUGAAAAUGGAUGUUGCCUGCAAGGUCAUGCUGGGAGGGAAAAAUGUAGAAGAUGGUUUUGGCAUUGCAUUCCGUGUUCUGCAGGACUUCCAGCUGGAUGCUGCCAUGACCUACUGCAGAGCUGCCCGCCAGUUGGUGGAGAAGGAGAAGUACAGUGAGAUCCGGCAAUUGCUCAAGUGUGUCAGUGAGUCAGGCAUGGCAGCCAAAAGUGACGGGGACACCAUCCUCCUCAACUGCCUGGAAGCGUUCAAGAGAAUUCCACCCCAGGAGCUGGAGGGCCUGAUCCAGGCAAUACACAAUGAUGACAACAAGGUUCGGGCCUACCUGCUGUGUUGCAAACUACGUUCCGCCUACUUGAUUGCUGUAAAGCAAGAACACUCACGGGCCACAGCCCUCGUCCAGCAGGUUCAGCAGGCCGCCAAGAGCAGCGGGGACGCAGUUGUACAAGACAUCUGUGCCCAGUGGCUUCUGACAAGCCACCCCCGCAGUGCCCAUGGCUCAGGCUCCAGGAAAUGACCUUGGGCAGCGGAGCCAGGAACACGUGGCCUGAGAGCUGAGCAACAGCAGUGACGGCGAUGCCCUCCACCUCUUUCCUCCUGUGGAGUGGGACUUCUAUGGCUCUGCCCUAGGUUGGAAAGAGCUGGAUUGGACCCUACUUGCCUUCCCAGGCAAGAAUAGGACCUUUCACGCAAGUGCCAUGUUUCUCUAAAUUUGUGGAAUCUAUGUGUGUUUGUCUGGAGAGGGCCAGUUCUUUCUACCUCAGAGUGAGUGAGUGUGUGUGCACACACGUGUGCAUGUUCUUGUGCACUCAUGUUUACGCCCAAGCAUUUCUGAACAAAUGAAACUCUUCUCCAUUGAAAAGAGGCACUUUACUUUAGACUUGCCACUCUGAAAACCUUCCCUGCGUUUUGGUUCUUGACCCGGGUUGUCCUGUUUGUACAGUCCCCUCCCUGUGGACCUGCUUUAGUAGCUCCUCUGACCCAGAGGGCUUUUACAGAGAAUUAGAGCAACACCCAAAGGAUUCCCUCUUUUCCUUCCUUCACUUUCCAGAAUUCAGAGAUGGCUUUGGGGCAAGUGCUACCUGCAGAAUAAACCUGUUUUCCAGGUGUCUCUUCUCCCAAGCACAA